AGUGGAGGCGGUUGGUGGGGUUGGCGGGGCUCAGGGCCGCGGCGCGGGCGGCGGUUUGGGGACUGCGGGAGGGCCGAGCGGAGUCCGGCCAGUGGCCCGCGGUGUGACCUCGGCGCGGCGCGGCGUCAGCGAUCGAACCCCGCGCGGCCGGGGCGCCCGCCACCGGGCCCAUGGCCUCCUCCUGCGCGAGCAUCGACAUCGAGGACGCUACGCAGCACCUGCGGGACAUCCUCAAGCUGGACCGGCCGGCGGGGGGCCCCAAUGCAGAGAGCCAGCGGCCACCAAACACCUACAAUGGGGACCUCAAUGGGCUCCUGGUUCCAGACCCUCUCUGCUCGGGUGACGCCACCUCAGCAAGCAAGUCUGGCCUCCGCACCAUGCCACCUCUCAGCCUGCAGGAGAAGCAGGUCAUCUGCCUGUCAGGAGAUGACAGUUCUACCUGUAUCGGGAUUUUGGCAAAAGAGGUGGAGAUUGUGGCCAGCAGUGACUCGAGCAUCUCAAGCAAGGCUCGUGGGAGCAACAAGGUGAAAAUCCAGCCUGUCGCCAAGUACGACUGGGAACAGAAAUACUACUAUGGCAACCUGAUUGCCGUGUCCAACUCCUUCUUGGCUUACGCCAUUCGGGCCGCCAACAAUGGCUCCGCGAUGGUGCGGGUGAUCAGCGUGAGCACUUCGGAGCGGACCCUGCUCAAGGGCUUCACGGGCAGCGUGGCCGACCUGGCCUUCGCGCACCUCAACUCGCCACAACUGGCCUGCCUGGACGAGGCCGGCAAUCUCUUCGUGUGGCGCUUGGCCCUGGUUAAUUGCAAGAUUCAGGAAGAGAUCUUGGUCCACAUCCGGCAGCCGGAGGGCACGCCGCUGAACCACUUCCGCAGGAUUAUCUGGUGCCCCUUCAUCCCUGAGGAGAGCGAGGACUGCUGUGAGGAGAGCAGCCCCACGGUGGCCCUGCUGCAUGAAGACCGGGCUGAGGUGUGGGACCUGGACAUGCUCCGCUCCAACCACAGCACCUGGCCAGUCGACGUCAGCCAGAUCAAACAGGGCUUCAUCGUGGUAAAAGGCCACAGCACAUGUCUGAGCGAGGGGGCCCUCUCCCCAGACGGGACUGUCCUGGCCACCGCGAGUCACGAUGGCUUUGUCAAGUUCUGGCAGAUCUACAUUGAGGGCCAGGAUGAGCCCAGGUGUCUGCAUGAGUGGAAGCCUCAUGACGGGCGCCCCCUCUCCUGCCUCCUCUUCUGUGACAACCACAAGAAACAGGACCCUGAGGUCCCUUUCUGGCGGUUCCUCAUCACUGGUGCUGACCAGAACCGGGAGCUUAAGAUGUGGUGCACGGUGUCCUGGACCUGCAUGCAGACCAUCCGCUUCUCCCCAGACAUCUUCAGCUCCGUGAGCGUGCCCCCCAGCCUCAAGGUUUGCCUGGACCUUUCUGCCGAGUACCUGAUUCUCAGCGAUGUGCAGCGGAAGGUCCUGUACGUGAUGGAGCUGCUGCAGAAUCAGGACGAGGGCCGGGCCUGCUUCAGCUCCAUCUCCGAGUUCCUGCUCACCCACCCCGUGCUCAGCUUCGGCAUCCAGGUUGUGAGUCGCUGCCGGCUGCGGCACACGGAGGUGCUGCCCGCCGAGGAGGAGAAUGACAGCCUCAGCGCUGAUGGGCCCCAUGGAGCUAAUCCCGCGGAGUCCGCAGCCGGUGUGCUCAUCAAGCUCUUCUGCGUGCAUACUAAGGCGUUGCAAGAUGUGCAGAUCCGCUUCCAGCCGCAGCUGAACCCUGACGUGGUGGCCCCGUUGCCCACCCACCCUGUCCACGAGGACUUUGCCUUUGGGGAGUCCCGGCCCGAGCUGGGCUCCGAGGGCCUGAACUCCAGCGCGCACGGCUCGCAGCCUGACCUCCGGCGCCUGGUGGAGCUGCCCGCGCCCGCCGACUUCCUCAGCCUGAGCAGCGAGGCCAAGCCCAAGCUGAUGACGCCCGACGCCUUCAUGACGGCCAGCACCUCCCUGCAGCAGAUGGCGGUGUCGCCCGGCGGCAGCAGCAGCUCCAGCUCCAGCUCCAGCUCGUCUCUCACAGCCGUGUCUGCCAUGAGCAGCACCUCCACGGCGGACCCUGCCUUGCCCAGGCCCCCCGAGGAGCUGACCCUGAGCCCUAAGCUGCAGCUUGAAGGUGGCCUGAGCGUGAGCAGCGGCAGCCUGCAGGGCAGCCCACGCGGCCUCCUGCCCGGCCUGCUCCCAGGCCCGGCCGACAAACUCCCUCCCAAGGGGCCGGGCCAGGUACCUACUGCUGCCUCUGCACUGUCCCUGGAGCUACAGGAAGUGGAGCCCCUGGGGCUCCCCCAGGCUUCUCCCAGCCGCACCCGUUCCCCCGAUGUUAUCUCCUCAGCCUCCACCGCCCUGUCCCAGGACAUCCCCGAGAUUGCGUCUGAGGCCCUUCCCCGUGGCUUUGGCGCCUCGGCGCCUGAGGGCCUGGAGCCAGACAGUAUGGCCUCUGCGGCCUCGGCACUCCACCUCCUGUCCCCUCGGCCCCGCCCGGGUUCCGAGCUUGGUCCUCAGCUUGGCCUGGAUGGAGGCCCGGGGGACGGGGAUCGGCACAGCACUCCCUCCCUCCUGGAAGCAGCCUUGACCCAGGAGGCCACAGGCGCUGACAGUCAGAUCUGGCCCACGGCCCCCGACAUCACUCGCGAGACCUGCAGCAGCCUUGGGGAAAGCCCCAGAAACGGCCUCCAGGAGAAGCACAAGAGCCUGGCCUUCCACCGGCCUCCCUACCACCUGCUGCAGCAGCACGACAGCCAGGACGCCAGUGCCGAGCAGAGCGACCAUGAUGACGAGGUGGCCAGCCUCGCCUCCGUGUCAGGGGGCUUCAGCCCCAAGGUCCCCGCACCACGGCUGCCCGCCAAGGACUGGAAGACCAAGGGAUCCCCUCGGGCCUCCCCAAAGCUUAAAAGGAAGGGCAAGAAGGAGGACGGGGAUCCAGCGGUGGGGCCACGGCACGCAGAGCACCAGGUGGUGGAGCCCCCUGAGGACUGGCCGGCGCUGAUCUGGCAGCAGCAGAGAGAGCUGGCGGGGCUGCGGCACAGCCAGGAGGAACUGCUGCAGCGUCUGUGCGCCCAGCUGGAAGGGCUGCAGAGCACCGUCACGGGCCACGUCGAGCGAGCGCUCGAGUCCCGGCACGAGCAGGAGCGUAUCCUUGGGCAGCGAGGGCCGCGGCGUGGCCGGGGUGGGGGCAGAGGCGUCGUCCCUGGCUUGCGAGGGGACACGGGGCCGGUCUGCUUCCUUAGCUGCGGUGCAGAGCGGCGGCUGGAGCGGGCGCUGGCCGAGGGGCAGCAGCGGGGCGGGCAGCUGCAGGAGCAGCUGACACAGCAGCUGUCCCAGGCUCUGUCUUCGGCUGUGGCCGGGCGGCUGGAGCGCAGCAUCCGGGACGAGAUCAAGAAGACGGUGCCUCCAUGUGUCUCUCGGAGCCUGGAGCCCGUGGCAGGCCAGCUGAGCAGCUCAGUGGCCACCAAGCUCACAGCAGUGGAGGGCAGCAUGAAAGAGAAUAUCUCCAAGCUGCUCAAGUCCAAGAACCUGACAGACGCCAUCGCCCGAGCAGCUGCAGACACGUUACAGGGGCCGAUGCAGGCUGCCUACCGUGAAGCCUUCCAGAGUGUGGUGCUGCCCGCCUUCGAGAAGAGCUGCCAGGCCAUGUUCCAGCAGAUCAAUGACAGCUUCCGGCUGGGCACGCAGGAGUACUUGCAGCAGCUUGAGAGCCACAUGAAGAGCCGGAAGGCCCGGGAGCAGGAGGCGCGCGAGCCAGUACUGGCCCAGCUGCGAGGACUUGUCAGCACACUGCAGGGCGCCACUGAGCAGAUGGCCGCCACCGUGUCCAGCAGCGUUCGGGCUGAGGUGCAGCACCAGCUGCACUUGGCUGUGGGCAGCCUGCAGGAGUCCAUUCUGGCGCAGGUGCAGCGCAUCGUUAAGGGUGAGGUGAGCGUUGCACUCAAGGAGCAGCAGGCAGCAGUCACGUCCAGCAUCAUGCAGGCCAUGCGCUCGGCCGCUGGCACACCAGUUCCUGCCGCCCACAUUGACUGCCAGGCCCAGCAAGCCCACAUCCUGCAGCUGCUGCAGCAGGGCAACCUUAACCAGGCCUUCCAGCAGGCCCUGACAGCUGCCGACCUGAACCUGGUGCUGUACGUGUGUGAAACCGUGGACCCAGGCCAGGUCUUUGGACAGCCGCCCUGUCCCCUCUCCCAGCCCGUCCUGCUCUCCCUCAUUCAGCAGCUGGCCUCUGACCUAGGCACUAGAACUGACCUCAAGCUCAGCUACCUGGAAGAAGCUGUGAUGCACUUGGACCACAGUGACCCCAUCACUCGGGACCACAUGGGCUCCGUCAUGGCCCAGGUGCGCCAGAAGCUUUUCCAGUUCCUGCAGGCUGAGCCACACAAUUCCCUUGGAAAAGUGGCCCGGCGGCUCAGCCUCAUGCUGCACGGCCUCGUGACACCCAGCCUCCCUUAACUAAGCCGGCCGUGCCUAAGGGCGGGAUGGCACCAGAUGCCAGCAAACAAGCAGGCCUAGGCCAGGAGGGCAGGUUCUGUCUGCCCUUAACCUGCUCAGGCUCCCACUUCGGGGUGUUUGGGGUGGGGGGAGUGCAGGUUAUGGUAGCAGCAGGUUAGGCUGGACCCAGGUUGGAUAUCGUGCCUUCUUGGGUUCCACCAUGCCUGGAGCAUGACCCCCGAGAUCGUGACACCAUUUGAGUUGAAUUUUCCAUGUUCCUUUUUACCUCCAAUUUGGAUCUUUUUGUUUUUGAAAAACACUGAGAAAUUCGAUUAAAUGCUUUUGGAAUAAAAUGAAGCA